GCGGGUUCCACCCUGGAAGGGCCGUGUGAUAAGCUAGUUAGUCCUCGCCGUGUCGCGUACGUACCCCACCAGCUGCAGCACAUACCACAGCCCGUGCCGGGCAUUCGUGCGGAGCGGACUGCCGCUGGAAACUCGGCGGCGCAGGAGAGCGACUCGCCCCGAAGGGCACCCCGUGAGCGACCCGCUGCGAUCAUGUCCUGUAUCGAUGUGAUGUUUCAGCCGUAUCAGCACCAUUUUUUCUCCCACCCGGCCCCGACGCAGCAGUUCGAGCUCUAUCGGAAGAUGCAGGAGUCCACGUUAGGGCUGAGCUCGACGGCGUCGGCCUCAGCGGACUUUGCGGCGCACUCCGUCGGGCACACCUCCACCGCCGCCCCGAGCACUUCAACUGGAGCCUCCGGUGCCGCCGCCACGGGCUCGCGAAACCACAACAAGGAUUCCGAAGCUACAAACUCUGCCACCACCGGCGGUAACAACGGGGGAGAGAAGCCUCCCGAAGCGGAGUACAUUAACUCCAAGUGUGUGCUGUUCACGUACUUUUCCGGGGACUGUAACUCCGUAGUGGACGAACAUUUCAGCCGCGCUCUCAGUCAACCCUCGAGCUUCGGAACUGAUACCACCGCCUCCGCCACCACGUCAAAAGCGGAAACUUCCGCAUGGAAAAGCGUUGGCGACACGACGUCCCCCAUGGCUCAGCGGAACUUCCCGCCUUCCUUCUGGAACAGCGCCUACCAACCCCCCACCUCGUCCCUCAUCCCCCACCCCGACCCCCUCCACCCCUACACCGACCCCUACCACCCCCACACCUCGGCGCUGCACUCCCACCACUACAACCCCGACCCCUGGCACCCUUACGCACUGGGGGCGUCUUCUCAGUCGUCAUACCACCAACCUAUACACCACGACAUGUACAGCAUGGCGAGUUCGUCGCACUUCAACCCGCGCUACUCGUCCCUGCUGAUCCAGCCCACCGUGCGACCGGGGCGGCUGCCGGCGGUGCCCGGGCAGUGCGACCUCGGCAAGCCCGACUCCGCCUGGACACGGCCGUACGGCGCCGACCAGAUGGGCACCGACUUCCCGGGGCUAGCUACUGAUAGAAGUAAGUCUCAUGUCUGGAGCAUCACGGUCAGGAGUCUGCAGUCAGCAAGGACCUGUACUGGUUCUGAGACAUCCCGCAGCUGGACACAAACACGCCCCACCCCCUCGACAUCCCCCUACCCCCACGGGACACCCCAACCGGAACCGAACCGGCCAGAUUAUCUCAAGGAGCCUCUCCGUUAUCUUGAGACGUCCAGACAUAGUGAUAAGACGCAGCCAAGACGGAGGGUAACAAGGGAAUUCCGCAUCGGAAAGACGGCGUCGCGUUCAGUUUAGGAUGAGGAAAACCACGCGCGGAUUUUUUGGAACACAAACAAAGAACGACGUGGGAAAAAAACAUAAGAUCGUCUGACUGGAGGCGUCGCCAUGGGAACCGCAGAAAUGGCGGGAAUUACGUCAUUCGUUAGGACUUGGUGAUGAUGAUGAUAUUGUCGUGUGAUUCCGAAAACAAAACGAGCUCAGGUUAGUUUGCGUGACUGUGUUCUUGCGAGAAUGCAGAAGAUUUUGUGUGGCAGAUUAAUUUGAUUGCGUUUAAUGAGGCUUUUUUUAAUUAGAAGAGAGAGGAGAAGCAGAAAUUAGAGCCGCUCCCGAUAUAGACGUAACAGAAGCCGAAAAAGAGACCACAAGCCGUCAGAUAAAAGCCCCCGUAACCCAAGCAUGGUGAUAAGGAACUGAUAGUGCCCGUCACUCAUCAGGCAGGCGCCUGUCAGGGGUCUGGGGUCUUCGUCACCAUGGUGACGGUGUUCUAUAGCCGUCAUCACCAUGGUGACGGAGUUCUAUUGUCGUCAGAUUGGAACGUCUUGUGGCAGAAUUUUGAAGGACGAACUUCGGAAAAAAAAGUUGAAAAGGAAGGCCGAAAGUAUUCAUUUUCAAACAAAACAAAAGAUGCAUAAUUAAGUAUUUUGGUAUUGUACUUAAUUUCUAAAUUAUGUAUGUUUUAAAGAAAGAAUUUCGCAAACUUGGUUGGUUCCGAGUGGAAAAGUCUCGACAUUUCUAAACCUGUUCAUUUCUGUUGAACACCACCGAGGGAUGCUUUAAGUAUGAAGAAAAUGUUCAGUGAUAAAAAACUUAAGUUGUACCGACUGUCUGAAGAAUACUUUAAGAAGUAGAAACCCUUGAUGACUCUAAGAUUCCGCUGCUUGCAUGUAUUUUGGAUAUAUAUAUAUGAUAUUGUGUGCAGUUACUUCAGCGGUAUUUCUUUACCCUUGUGUUUUUUCAAGAGGAACACUGGUACCAAUAUUGUUAUUAUGAUUAAUAUUAUUAUUUGUACAGACCAUAUGAAUGUCAUUUAUUGAAAGAUAUGUAUACUUGUCUCUAGUAUAUGAUGCCGUGUACGUGGUUAUACGGCGACUUCUCGUGCCGAUAUUUUUGUACAGUCGUAGCGGAUAUUUUUAGAACGUGUCUGUUAAAGUUGUUAUCAUAUUUGGGUGUAUAUCAUGAUCGAUAUAAGUAA